AUGGCUGCUGCUGUCUUCGUCGCUCUCCUGAUCGUGUCCGCUCUUGUCUCGUCCACCUAUGCCGAGAUUGGUAAAAAGGAGUGCACCAAUGUAGAUUAUGACUGCAACCGUCUCCCAGGAUCCCGAAAGUGCGGAGAUUCGUGCAGAGCCAAGGCCCGCUCCGAAGGCAGUAGCAAUUACGCGUCAGCAUGCGAACCUGCAGUUGCGCCGUUCAAGUGCUGCUGCACCGUCAAGGAUCCACACCACCCGUGGCCUCCAACCUCCUAA